GUACUUUUACAUUUUAAAAUGGCUACGGGUGGAGAAGUAAUGACGAACUUUUCGACGGUAAUCAUGAGGGAAAAGUCUGCUUCAACGAAGAGUCCUAACUCUUCUGUUCGAAACUGCUAUUCUCUAGAUGUGUCGCCGUUUGGUGUUCGUCAUCGCAGAAGAAUCUCUAAAGAGUAUUUUGUCCGCCGUAGAACGUUAAAAGAUGUUCUUUUCAAAAUUUUUUCGAAAAGCGAAAAAUUUAGAAAAUCUACCAUUGCUCAGUCCAGAAAUUAUCAAGUUGAAGUUGAAGGUGACGAACAUGCCGUAAUUACUGAAAUCAAGCAUGUGAAAGAUAUUAAGGAGUUACCAUUAGAAUUAUGUCUAUUGGAGAAUAUUCAAGAAUUGCACUUAUCUUCUAAUAAUAUCCAACGGUUAACUCAUAUUGAAUACUGUAGAAACUUACGACUAUUAGACGUCUCUCAAAAUAAGAUAUUGGAGCUGGAGGCGGGAAUUUGCAGUCUGAAAAAGUUAAAUACCUUGAACUUGAAUGGAAACCGACUUAGUACGUUACCCAUGGAAAUUGAAAAAUUAUACAAUCUUCAACAUUUAUUUAUUUCUGCUAAUAGAUUACGUAGCAUUCCGUUCGGUAUUAAGAACAUACGAACAAUGCAAAAUUUAGAUCUUAGUCGAAAUAGAAUUGAUUUAAUUGACGAGGACUUUUUUGAAAACUUACAGUAUUUAGAAUGUGCAGUCUUGUCCGACAAUCAAUUGAGUAGAAUACCAGAUUCCAUUUUGAAAUGUUCAAAUCUGAAAAAUUUAUAUUUGAGGAAAAACCGAUUCAAAUUCGUCCCUGCUUCUUUGUGCGAUGUUGAAAAGUUAGAAACGCUUAAUAUUUCGGAUAAUUACAUUCGGAAGUACAAUGUCAGCCUAAGAUCUUUGAGAAAAUUAUUUUUGGGAUCCAAUGAAUUAUCCGACUUAAGCGAUUCAAUAGCAGAUAGUGUGGAUCUGGUUACCUUAUCUAUCGAAAACAAUAACUUUGAAACGUUCCCACGAAACGUAUUAAAACUUUCUAAAUUGCGUAAUCUAAACCUGAGUUCCAAUGCGAACUUGGCUGAUAUUCCAAGCGAGAUAAAUAGCUUGAAGAAUCUUAGACACCUUAAUCUGGAAACAACCCGUACUUCGUGUAUCUCGAGGAAGCUGCUGACGCGCUCCCACCUUAGAUUGUCAGUUGCUGGAUCUUUAUUUUCAUCGGAAUUUCAAGAAAUGUCUGAUGCUGGCGUUGAAGCUCUUAAAGAAUUUUUAGCCAGCAAAAAUUAUCAGUUACCUGACUUGAGUAAUGACAUUGAAGAUGUUGGAUUCGGUAAUGAUGGGAAUACGAAUUUCGAUGACAACAAAGAUGAUACAGAUGUAUCUGAUAGCGAAUAUGUAAACGAUCAAUAUCACGAUAAUGUUCGAUGCCGACAAUUUUCCAUACUGAAACUCUCUUGA